AUGGAUCCAGACGCAGCUCGCGAUAGAGCGCCUAAGGAGGCUUUACCCGGUGAAACCCAAAUACUAGCGAGCGCUGCCUCAUUCACACAAGACUUUAAACCAAUCAAAAACAUAUGCGCCCAUUUAAAUGCAUUCCACGCGUAUGCUGACGACCCCAAACGAGCUGUAGAAGCAAACCACUAUUGCAGCCACUUGGAUGAUGAGGUUCGCCAAUGCCUUAUAUACGACUCGCCGGAGCCCGGUGCACGAAUUAUAGGUAUAGAGUAUAUGAUCACGCCGAGGCUAUAUGAAUCGCUACCCGUGGAUGAGCGGCGACUAUGGCACUCCCACGUCUAUGAGGUCAAAUCUGGAAUGCUAAUAAUGCCGAACCGAAUUGUUCCGCAAGCAGCUUGGGAAAUGGCGGAGAAGAGAGAAAUGGAGCAAUUGAUUGCAUUAUAUGGCAAAACAUACCAUUUCUGGCAGAUCGACCGGGGCGAUAAGUUGCCUCUUGGGGAGCCGAAACUCAUGACUAGCUAUGUCGCCGAUGGGCAACUGGACUUUGCUAAAGUGGAAGAACGAGAUGGAAGAUUUCAGUCGAACUACAAGCUGAAGAUGGAGGCGAGGAAAGACAUACCCUCUCCGAGUAUCCAUAAAGGUAGGCAUCACAGUUAUCGCGACUCAUUCAAAUAG